CCGUCAAAUUUUCAUGAGAAACUGCCCCUUUCCACUGAGAGAGUGAGAGAGUAAAGCAAUGGCCACUGCAGCCCAUCUUCUCUCUUAUUCAUCCACCUCUGCUUUCUCAAAACCCCAAAAUGCCCCUCGAAACCUAAUCAUUUCCAAACCCAUCCUCCUUUUCAAAUCCUCUCCCAAGCGCCUUAAGCUAAGGGCAAUUCUGUCAUCCACCCCUCAAACGGUAUCCACCGACCCAUCUCCCGCCAAAUUCCACCACUGUUUCAGAAAAUCCGAAGACGGUUUUCUCUACUGCGAGGAUGCAAAAGUUCAAGAAGUUCUGGAAUCCGUCGAAAAAAGACCAUUUUACGUCUACAGCAAGCCCCAAAUUACGAGGAACUUCAAAGCAUACAAAGAGGCGUUGGAAGGGCUGAGAUCGAUCAUUGGGUAUGCGAUCAAGGCCAACAACAAUCUGAAAAUUCUCGAGCAUUUGAGGGAAUUGGGCUGCGGAGCGGUGCUCGUGAGUGGUAACGAGCUGAGGCUGGCGCUUCAAGCUGGAUUCGACCCGAAGAAGUGCAUAUUUAAUGGAAAUGGAAAGCUCUUGGAGGACCUUGUUUUGGCUGCCGAGGAAGGAGUUUUUGUGAAUGUUGACAGUGAGUUCGAUUUAGAGAAUAUAAUAACUGCCGCGAGAGUUGUAGGGAAAAAGGUUCCGGUUUUACUUCGGAUUAAUCCUGAUGUAGAUCCUCAGGUCCAUCCUUAUGUUGCCACUGGUAACAAGAACUCCAAAUUUGGUAUCAGAAAUGAGAAGCUGCAAUGGUUUCUAGAUGUGGUGAAGUCGCAUCCAAAUGAGCUGAAGCUUGUGGGUGCUCAUUGCCAUCUUGGAUCUACCAUUACCAAGGUAGACAUAUUCAAGGAUGCUGCAGUUUUGAUGGUGAAUUACAUAGACCAAAUUCGAGCCCAAGGCUUCGAAGUUGAGUACUUAAACAUUGGCGGCGGUCUGGGGAUAGAUUACCAUCACACCGGUGCUGUCCUUCCAACACCCAUGGAUCUCAUCAACACGGUACGUGAGCUGGUUGUUUCUCGAGAUCUUACUCUCAUCAUUGAGCCUGGAAGAUCUCUCAUAGCCAACACUAGCUGUCUAGUCAAUCGGGUCACUGGAGUGAAAACAAAUGGCACGAAAAAUUUUAUCGUAGUUGAUGGCAGCAUGGCAGAACUUAUUCGGCCUAGUCUUUACGGGGCUUAUCAACACAUAGAGCUUGUUUCUCCCCCAAAACCUGGUGCUGAGGUUUCUACCUUCGAUGUGGUGGGCCCAGUCUGUGAGUCAGCGGAUUUCUUAGGGAAAGAUAGAGAGCUUCCAACUCCUGAUCAGGGAGCUGGCCUCGUUGUUCAUGAUGCAGGAGCGUAUUGCAUGAGCAUGGCAUCAACAUACAAUCUCAAAAUGCGACCUCCUGAGUACUGGGUGGAAGAAGAUGGUUCUCUGAAGAAAAUUAGGCAUGCUGAAACAUUUGAAGAUCAUAUGAGAUUUUUUGAGGGCCUCUGAUUACAUGCGGCGUCAACCAUUUUCGGUAAUUGAGGUAAAACUGCUUGAGCUUGCUCUAGUAAUUCUGUAUUUCCCUUUUUGAUAGGUUAGCUGGACUUGAACCUGUGACCUAGAAAUGUUGAAAUGCACCAUCUUCCAUUCAGUUACAGGAUUAACCCUUCCUGUGAUGUCUGUAUCGCAUGCAUGGAUGCUGUCGAUGAGAAAUUUAAGUUAAUUUGGUAGCUAA